UAAUGCAGUGAGGAUUUUGGUAACUUAUGUUAAAAGUUUUAUUUUAUUACAGAUGAAGCGACGUGGGGUGUUAGUGGUGGCGAGGUGAGGCGGCAGCGUGGCGAGCAUGGACCACGCGGUGAAGGCGAUGUCGGCGCGCGGGCCGCUGGCGCGGCUGGUGGCGCGCCGGCGCUUCGAGUCCGCCGAGCUCGAGGAGCUGUACGCGCGCUACGCGUGCAAGCUGCAGCGCGGCUCGGUCGGCUCGGCGCUGGCGCUGUGGGCGGCGCUCGCGGCCGCGCUCGCCGCCGUCGACGCCACGCGCGGCUGGCGCCGAGCGCCGCAGGUGGGCGUGCUGAGCGCGCACGCGAUGCUCUGCGGCGGGCUGGCGUGGUGGUGCGGGCGCGCGGGCGGCACCGCGCCGGAGCGCCGGCUGCCGCGCGCCUGCUGGCUGGCCCUGGCCGGCGGCGGCGCGGCGCUGGCGGCCACGCUGCCCGCCUGGAGCCCCGGCGCCGCCGCCGAGGGCGCCGCGCACGUCGUCUGGGCCGUCUUCGCCGCCUACGCCCUGCUGCCCGUCGGCGCCCCCGUCGCCGCUGCCUUUGGUAUCCUCCUGCCGACGGUCCAUACUGUUGCGGCGGCGCUCGUGGCCCACCGCUUCCCCUACCAUAUCUGGCAACAGAUGGUGGGUAACGUGGUGGUCUUCGUGUGCGUCAAUAUAGUGGGCGCUCUGAUGCAUUCGCUCAUGGAGACUGCGCAGCGGCGCGCCUUCCUCGACACACGAAACUGCAUCGCGGCGCGGCUCGACAUGGAGGAUGAGAACGAGAAACUGGAACGAUUACUGCUGUCAGUGCUGCCACAACACGUCGCCAUGGAAAUGAAGAACGACAUCAUAUCGCCGGUGGAGGGCCAGUUCCACAAGAUCUACAUACAAAAGCACGAGCAAGUCAGUAUACUGUUUGCGGACAUCGUAGGCUUCACGGUACUCGCAUCGCAGUGCAGCGCGCAGGAGCUCGUGCGGCUGCUCAACGAACUCUUCGGCCGGUUCGACCAGCUAGCCAGCGACAACCACUGCCUCCGCAUCAAGAUCCUGGGUGACUGCUACUACUGCGUGUCCGGGCUGCCCGAGCCGCGCUCCGACCACGCGCGCUGCACCGUCGAGAUGGGGCUCGACAUGAUCGACGCUAUCGCAUCUGUAGUGGAAGCGACUGACGUACAGCUGAACAUGCGCGUGGGCAUCCACACGGGUCGCGUGCUGUGCGGCGUGCUGGGCCUGCGCAAGUGGCAGUACGACGUGUGGUCGAACGACGUCACGCUCGCCAACAACAUGGAGGCGGGCGGGGAGCCUGGACGAGUGCACGUAACACAGGCUACAUUGGAAUGCUUAGGCGGCGCAUACGAGGUUGAACCAGGGCACGGUGCCUCGCGCAACGCCUACCUGCGCGACCACUCCAUACAAACCUACUUCAUCAUCCCACCACCGAGGAGAAGAAAAAUGUGUCUGUCGUCGGGCGUGGGCCUGGGCUCGGCGUCGCGACGCAAGCUUUCCUUCAAGAACGUCUCCAACGUCGUCGUUCAGUUGUUGCACUCCAUCAAGUUCAACGUGGACGUCCCCUUCUCAAACAUGGCCGCCUCGCCGCAAGAACUCAAAGCCAACGCAGCUAGGAAGGUGCUGGACCUGCGGCGCGCGCUGCACGCGGAGCCGGGCUCGGCGGAGGCGCUGCGGCUGGCGGCCAUGCGCGCGGAAGACGUGAGCGCGCGGGAGCCCGCGGACCCCUUGCACCAAACCUUCGACGCCGUCAUGCACCACGUCCGCUCCACGCACCCCACGAAUAAAGUGACGGAGAAGUUCAAGAGGCCGUUGAAGAAGCGUCACUCGUCUGUGUACCACCAGCCGACAAACCGCGUCAACAAGUACCUGGCGCAGGCCAUCGACGCGCGCUCCGUGCACCGCGAGAAGGCCACGCAUGUGCAUCUGCUGACGCUCUGCUUUAAAGAUAGCGCUAAGGAAGGACAGUAUCGUGCAUCGACGGACGGUGGUUGGGCGGGCUCGCUCGGCGCCGCACUAGGGGCCGUGGCCGCCGCUGGCGCCCUGCAGGCCGCCAUUCUACCCCGCACCACCAUCCUCCUGCUACUCUUCGUCACGGCCUUCGCUUGGUCGGCGGCUGUUCUCGCCCUGACGCUAGCUGCGAGACUACGGCUCAUACCGUGCGAUGUCUCUCGUCCGUUCGCAUUGAGGAACGCCAUCACAACCUUCACGAUUGUGCUGGGAUACGCAGUUGGACAGGUCAAUGUGGUGACGUGUAGAGAAGUAGACGUGUGCCGUAACCUGACGGAGAACGUAACGACUAUGGCGGACAUCCGAGCUACGUCUGGAGACAUAGCCGCCGCGUUAUGGAGUAGCACUGAUCAUCGGGCUUGCCCUGUUCCUCUUUAUAUCACUUUAGGUUGCUGUCUCAGCAUGUUAGCCGUGGCUGUGUUCCUGCGGCUGCCGAUCCUGAUCAAAGGCAUCCUCCUGGCCUUCAUGACGGCCGGGUACAUGGCCGUCAUCAUGGCCUACCAUAAAGACUUGUUCGACUGCUACGAUCUCAUGACUGAACCAGGCAUAAUCGGGUCAGCUUACGUGGCGUGUGGUUGGACGCUCGCUCUCGCUUUGGCAGUACUGCUGCACGCGCGACAGACUGAGUGGACGGCGCGGCUAGACUUCCUUUGGCAGGCCCAAGCCAGGGAUGAGAAGAGAGACAUGGAUGCCUUACAAGCGUCAAACAGAAGAAUAUUGUUUAACCUCCUGCCAGCUCACGUGGCGACUCACUUCCUGGACAACCAGUUCCGGACCAACAUGGACCUGUACCACCAGUCGUACCAGCGCGUGGGCGUGGUGUUCGCCUCCAUCACCAACUACCACGAGUUCUACAUGGAGCUGGACGGCAACAACCAGGGCAUGGAGUGUCUCAGGCUGCUUAACGAGAUCAUUGCUGACUUUGAUGAGCUAUUGGGCGAAGACCGAUUCAGCGCGAUAGACAAGAUCAAAACAGUGGGAUCUACCUACAUGGCGGCCGUGGGACUCAUCCCCGAGAAGAAAAUGCUAGACGACGCCAGCACGCGCAAGCACAUGGCGACACUGGUCGAGUUCGUGUUCGCGAUGCGCGACAAGCUCAAGGACAUCAACGAUAACUCUUACAACAACUUCAUGCUGAGAGUCGGUCUAAACGUGGGUCCAGUAGUUGCCGGAGUGAUCGGUGCUAGGAAACCUCAGUACGACAUCUGGGGCAACACGGUGAACGUGGCGUCGCGCAUGGACUCCACCGGUCUCCCCAACCACACGCAGGUCACCGAAGAAGUCUACCACUACCUCAAGGACCUGCCCUACCAGUUCGUCUGCAGGGGAAAGGUCAAAGUCAAAGGGAAGGGCGAAAUGACAACGUACUUCCUGACCGACCGAGCGACAUCUAGCGGCAACGGCACAGUCAACCAUUCUAACGGUCCGUCGCAAAACGGACCCCCGACCGCCUACGGGGGCGUCGCGACCCCCCUGGCCAUGCUGCAGAACUCGGCGAGGAGGGCGGCCCAGCCGAACAGGCUACCGCCCCUGAGAGAAACCUCGGUCGCCGAAAACGAGCCCCUUCUACCUAGCAACGGGCAUCAAAGCAACGGGAACAACCACAAAGGCAGCAAGGGCCGCCGCAACAAAGAGUCGGAGGAGACCCCUCCCCCGCCGCCCCCGCACGGCGCGCCGGUGCCGCCGCCGCGCGCGCUGGUGGCGCCGUGGCCGCGCCCGCCGGAGCCGCGCCCCGCGCACAAGCGCCGCCCGCCCGCGCGCCUGCCGCGCCCGCGCUCCAGCGACAGCCUGCCGCUGGCCCGCAGCCCGCGCGUGCACUCCUCGGCCGACGAGCUCAGCUCCCUCACGCGCUCGCCCAGCCUCAGCUCCUCGGACGAGAGCUACUCGCGCACCACGGACGCGUCGCCCUCCCCGCCGCGCGCGCGCCCGAGCCCCGCCUACGACUACCCGCCGGUCCGCGCCGGCAAGCCGCCCGCCGGCAGCGUCGCCGAGUUGUACGCGAAGCGCGGCAAGAUGAGCGAGAAGCCGUCGCUCGACGACAAGUUCAUCGAGGAGAAUAUAAAUUUCCAGAAGGAGGAGGAGAAGCUCCAGAGGAGCAUUAUUAACAUGCUCGCGUCGGUGAAGCGGGACGGGUGCAGUCAGACGGACAAGAAGGACGUGGCCGGUCGGCUCGCGCAGCGGACGAACUCCUUCUCGAGCUCCGGCAGUCGACCUAAUAACCUGAAACAUUUGAACCACGACCGGCAGUUCAGUAAGCGCAGCCCCACCGACGUGGCCUGCGUGCCGCCCUUCGAGAGAGAAAUACAGAGGCUGCUCGACGAUAAGAAUCUUAUCAAACCUAACCCGCCUAAGGCGGAGCGGAAGGAAUUGAAAUUAGAAUUAAGAGGCACGAACCCGUCGCUGUCGCCGGUGCGCAGCGUGAACUGCAACAACAACAGCAGCCCGCUGCACGCGGUGGGGCUGGCGGCCAUCGCGGGGCUGGCGCGGGCCGAGCCCUCCCCGCGGCAGGACUUCCCCGGCGUGCUGCCCACCGACGUGGUGGUGCAGCUGCCAGACCCGCAGGAAACCUCGCCGCACCAAAGUCCGCCGUGCGAGAGGAAGAUCCCGGCAGACACAGAAGCUCAAAAAGAAAAACAAGAAAAGGAGAUACAAGAGCGAUUACAUAAUCGGGUUCCGAUGACGAAUCAUCGAGAAUUAGCCCUGUACGGGGAAAGUCAAUCGGAGUGGAGUUCGUCGUGUUCGGAGGGCGAGGGCGACGGCUUGUGCGGGCAGCCCGAGAGCACCGGGUACACCACCGACGACCCCGCGCUAGAGAACGUCUCCAUGCUGAACGAGGCCGGCCUCACCGACGCCGAGGCCGCACUCAGCGACGUCAACUCCUGCUACUUCGACCGGGACGACGACGUCUCCUCCCGCGCCUCCUCCCGCCUCCUCGACUCGGAAGCCCUCGUCUCGCUCGAGUCCCUCAGCGCCAUCUACGACUCGGACGAGCCCGCGCACAGGUACCUCGCCAACAUUCGCACCGUCAGCGAGUGCAUCACGAGGAACUUCGGCCAGCCCACGCACGUCACCGACGGAGAGAGCGACGUUUGAUCCCACCUUGGACAUUGUGUGGCUGAAAUUAUAAAGCUUCGGGCUUAAGCGAAUCUUUCGUUUCGACUCUUAUCGAGGAAUCUCACUUGUAACUGAACUGUCAUGACAUCGUGCGGGAGAUGUUCGGGAGCGAAAGAAAAUAAUGCUAUGCUCUCUAUUUAAAAGUGCUAGUAAAAGUUAUUGGAAUACUCAAAAUACUUUUGUGAAUUGUUAUAUAUCGAUCGUUUUUGUCGAAUUUGAAGUAUUUGGAUGUUGACUUCUAAAUAUUACUGACGUGCCUGUUUUAAAAUAUGUAUUGUAUGUGUGUAAAUUGUCAGUAUAUACCUAAUUAUUAUAUCGACUGUAUUAUAUCGAGUAAGCGGCGAGAAGCCAUGAGAUGGCGUCGUUCGGGAGGAUGCGAUGAUCUCUACAAUUAUAAGGUGCUCUGACUUAGAAUAACGUACCUUACUAUGGUCUGUCUUGUGAUACGUGGUUUAGGAAUUUGACUUCGACCGACCAAUCUGUGUAAGAGUCAGUGUUAUAGACUGCGGGCUGGCCCCUUAACUGUAAAUUGUAAGUUGUCUUUCAGUAUCAGUCAGUUGUCGGAGGCUAGGUCGACUUGUAAAUGUGCUUAAUAUUUAAGGUAGUUAUAUUUUUUUGCAUUUCAAUUUAUAAUUGUAUUGUUACCAUAGACUGGAAGAAUUAUUUUUUCUACAAUCGUUGUAUUGAAGGACGUAAAUUAGAUAUACAUCAUGGAUAGUGCCAUUAUAUACCCAUCACAAUUGUCUUGAACUCUCGUUCAUUUAGUUCAGGGUGAGAUCUGUUACCGGCACCAAAACAACUGUAUUUAAAAGCUUCGUCUGGUACGAAUUUAAGGUGACAACAAUUGGCGACAAUUGUUUUAAUUCUCCGCCAUGGCGCCAGACGUAUAUUCAGAACCAAACCAAAUUGCACCGUGGACGAGAGAUAUAUUAUAGCCCGAAGGCCACGAAAAAUAUGCUCCGAGAGAAUAGGUACACUUGACGCUGAUGCUGCCAGCGUUGGUCGCCAUACAUUUGUUUUUCAUAUAUGUUUGGCGAUUGACGCUGCCUACGUCACUGUUGCGCCGCUCAGAUAACUUUAUUCGUGGCCAAGGGAAGCAUAAAGGUAGCUUAAGUAAAAGAACCGUGAGACGUGAAAGUACAACUUAUACAUAACACCACUAGCGAAUAUUUGUUGUAGAAUAUUCUCGUGAACAAUCAAUUACCUAUUAUUUAAUUGUAACAUAUAAGUUUCUGUGUCAAUUCGUGUAACGAUUGUUAUUGAUUAGAGUAAACACUGUAUAAUCAUCUGCAAUAUAAAACUAUAAUAUAUAAUGAGUAUUUAGUCUGUAAACAUUUGUUUUAGUCGCUUUUCUUGGCUAAGAAUGUACUUAAACUAUAACGGGCAAGUAACUGCAAUAUGUGGUGGAUUCCGAUUGAGGCGAUCAGUCGUAGAACUAAUGUUAUGGUGAUUGUGGUUUUGUUUUUCUCUACUCUUGCUUGUAUCAAGCACUCGCCUUUCAGGCAGCUGACCCUCGUGUGUAUUAAAAUGGGUAAAUUAGAAAUGGAUUAAGUUUAGUAUUCUUUCAAGUUGCCAGAGGUGAACUGUGAGGAAUAGUGGGCAAACAAUCGUUUUGUAUAUAGGACUUGCUCCUGGCGAGUUUGGGAGUUGUUAUACUUUGUAAAUAUUGUUAAUCGUCUACAUAAUUAUGAAGUGCUAUUCCACUUUAAAUUACGUACCUAAGUGAUAUUUUUUUGCUAUUUAUAUCCUCAGUAUUUUCAUAUUCUUUUUUUCUUUGUUAUAUACAGUGCCAAACUAUUAUUUUUUGUAGUUGCUUGUAAUUGACGUAUUAUUUAUUACUUCAAUGCUUUGACAUUUAUAUUUAAGGCGAUAGGUAUUUUAAAACACAUGAUUAUUACAUACAAAUUUGACGAUGUCGUUUAAAUCCGUAAAUAGGUCUGAACUUUAGCAUAACUAUUGUAAAAGUAGUAAAGUAACAAAAACAUAAUCAAUCCGUUUUAAUAUGUAUCUAAAAUAUCAGGAAUAUUGAGAGACAACGGGUGACAAUUCAAAGUAUUCAUUCAAAUGCGAAAAUAUUUGAGUAGUUUGUGCUUAGGUUUCCAAGUCUUAUUUUAUAUAGUUAGUAUUCAGAUUAAAGCUAUUUUCUCACCAAUGAUAGAUAAUUCAUAUUAUAAAUACCUACUAAAUACCUGACUAUUAUCAUAUAAAUAAAUACUGAAUCAUACUUCGUGCACGAUUUUUAUAUCUGGUGUUGAUCAUAUCCUACAUAAUAUUUAGCUUUAAUGUGAAUAAAUGACAGCGUAAGAAGAUUUAAGUAACUAACAUAAUACAAAUUAUAAUGUGGUAACUUUUGUGAUUAUUUAUUUCACGUUAAAUUUUCGCCUUACGUAGAAAGUGUACUGUGUAUUUGUUUCAAUUCAAUCAAGCAAUAUUAAUUACUUGGAAUUAAAGUGGUUUACAUUAC